UCGUUUCCUCUUUUCUCUCCGCCGGUUUCCUUUUGUUUUCCUCGGUGGCGAUGAGCGUAGAGUUGGAGCGGUGGCUUGAGCGGGAGUGGGGCCAGCGCUGCUAGCGUGCUAGCUGGGCGCUAAGCGGACGCCACCUCCACGUCUCCCCUCGCAGCCCCAGAAGGAGAGUCCCGGUGCCGCGGUCAGUAAUCGGGAACCACAACUUGGGGGACCUGCUGACUCUUGGUAAGGACCCGAAAUUGUUCAUGCUGGGCAACUACCUCAUUCCAUUGGACUAAAGGAGUCAUCAUAUCAUUAUCAUCUUCCUCAUCACUAGCAUCAUCAUUGCUUUACAACUUUAGAACCAACUACAAAGUACUUUUCUCGAAACUAUCCCAUGAGGGGCAUGGUCUAGUGGUCUGGCCUUAGGACUUGGAAUCUGGAAGCCUGAAAAUUCUCAUCUCAAUUCUGAUUCUGAAUUCUCUUGACGUUGGGUUUUAAGUUAUCUGGGAGGACAGAAUGGGAAAGCAAAAUAGCAAGCUCCGUCCUGAGGUGCUCCAGGAUCUCCGGGAGAACACUGAGUUCACAGACCACGAGCUGCAGGAGUGGUACAAAGGGUUUCUAAAGGACUGUCCCACUGGCCACUUGACUGUCGAUGAGUUCAAAAAGAUAUACGCCAACUUCUUCCCCUACGGCGAUGCGUCGAAGUUUGCAGAACACGUCUUCCGCACCUUUGACACAAACAGUGAUGGGACGAUUGACUUCAGGGAAUUCAUCAUUGCCCUGAGUGUCACCUCUCGGGGGAAGCUGGAACAGAAACUGAAGUGGGCAUUUAGCAUGUAUGACCUUGACGGUAAUGGCUAUAUAAGCCGUGGGGAGAUGCUCGAAAUUGUACAGGCCAUAUACAAAAUGGUAUCGUCAGUAAUGAAAAUGCCUGAAGAUGAGUCCACUCCUGAGAAGCGUACAGACAAAAUUUUCCGGCAGAUGGACACAAACAAUGACGGCAAGCUGUCACUGGAAGAAUUCAUUAAAGGUGCCAAGAGUGAUCCUUCCAUUGUCCGGUUGUUACAGUGCGACCCAAGCAGCGCAAGUCAGUUCUAAACCCACCCACAUCUGGACAGUUGCAAAGAGCCACUGGCUUGUCAUUCCAGCUUUGCUUACAGAAAUGGAUGCCUUCUCAAACCAUUCCUCUGCUGUUCUCAGAUAAGGUCCCUUGGUCCAGUGGUUUCCCUCCAUGCAUCGGCAUGGCCAGCUGCAAUUCCCCGAUCAUCCAUGCCAGGGCCAAAGUCCUUGGUCAUUCAAAUUUAUUUUCAGUUUUCCUUCUGUCAUCCUGAUUCCUUUACAGAGCCCUAAUAUCACUUAGAGAUAUAUUUCAUGCAGACAGCAAGGGGGGCUCAGGCCCCAGGGAUGGGAGACAUCUCCCUUCACUUGGGGAAUUGUAUGAAUAUGUUCUAAUAACCAUGAGAAGAGCUGAGAUAGGACUUUAUAAAAUAGAACCAAGGUUAGCUAAUUUAUUUUGCUUUGAAAAUGACUGUUUGAAGAGUUGGGAGCUAAAAGCAGACAGAACGAACCCUUUCCUGUGCAUGAUUUUAUUCUUUUUCUUUUUGUUGGGAAAAAGUGGCUUGCACUUAUCCGAUGAUGGUCUUUGCUUUCUUUUAAUAUAUAAAUUAUAUAUAUAUAUAUGGUGAAGUACAGUUUCAUGCUAAGGUCACCUAUUUAAUGCAUCUGAUAGCUUUUCCAGCUUUUUCCUCUCUUAGUGGCCUGCGAUUAACCCAAUGCUAAUUGUUUUGUGGUAUUUAUGCAUCUGCAACUUGCCGUCUUUCAGAAGAAAUGCAUGUUUAGCCUUUACUGUGGCUAUUCCACUGUCCAACACCUGAAUGCACAUAUCUGUUCAAGGUUCGUUUUUACUGUUGGUUGGUCCAGCGUGUCCUGUAUUAAAAUCAUAAAAUAAAAGGAAUGAUCUAAAACUUGCAUUUUUCCAUCAAAAUUCCACCCUGGGGCAUGUGGCAUCCAGUGGUCACCAUCCUGUAAGGGGCAGUUACUCUACUCACCCUGCUCUUUGUAAACAUUGCUCCCCCAUCUUCCUUUGCACUGUCACUGUGUUGAUCAAUCUUAUGCAUUCCAGUGUUAUUUAAUAUCUGCCUAAUGCCAAGAGUUAUUAAUUGAAAUAAAACAAUGACUUUUCUUGUCA